AUGCCUCUACAUCUUCUCCAAGAUACCAACCCCAUCCACAUAGAUCCCAAUGGAUAUAUGACAAAACCCAAGUACAUAAUAGAGCACGGGUUUCGUCGAGUCAGUCCGUAUUAUCAUGAUUUCAGCACCACAGUUAAAGCCAGAUGGUUCAAAAAACCCAUAGCCCAUGUCCUUACUACAGAACUAGGCCAGGAUUCCAAAACGAUAGAACAGGGCAUUCAAGAUGGAUCCAUAUACAUCUCAACAAACUGCAAUAAAGUCGAUCUGGGUAUAAAGCUCCUGCCUGAAGAGACAAGAACCCAUCUUUUUCGAAAUCACGAUAUUCUUCAUGCUACACAGCACGUUCACGAACCACCCAUUCUAUAUAAGGGACCUAUUGAGGUGGUCACUGAGAACGACGAUAUUGUAGCGGUUUCAAAGCCUCUGGGUAUGCCAACGCAUCCAAGUGGAGCAUAUCGCUGGAACUCUCUUACUAGUAUUUUGAGAGAGGAGCACGGAUACCGGAAGCUUUAUCCUUGUCACCGUCUUGAUAAAGCUACAUCUGGGGUGCUACUACUUGCCAAAAACGCCGAAACCAGCAGUCGCUUUCAAUCGGCAUUCAAUGACAAGAACAACACGGACAAGUGGUAUUUGGCUAGGGUUAAAGGUAGGUUUCCCUCUGAACCAUUCGUUUUUGAUCACCCCGUCUUUUCGCUAAGCUACGGGGGCUACAUCAAUAUAAGAAACACGAGUCAAGUGCCCAUCUCUUCAACAGGUUUCGAAUUGGUGAAAUACUCCGAAGAGCUAGAUCAAAGCAUCGAGAACUCAAAGGGCCAAUUCAAGCUUCAAAUUGAGCAACAGUUGCAUGAGAUGGUGAGGCUGAAGUUGAAGGAAACGGGUGAGAAGUUCGUCGACUUAGAUGCCCUUGUUAAUAAGCGCCCUGAAUUAAAAGAACAGAUGGCAGAGCUCAAAUGGCUCAGGGAUACCAAUCACGAUAGGGAAUUGAAGGACGUCUGUCCUGAGUGCUCGAAGAUAUUACUUAGUGACCCUGUCAACGAAGAGAUCUACCUUCAUGCUCAUCGUCUCAGGCACCGAGGAGACAUUUCGUUGGAUAUAACCACGAAAAUGCCCGAAUGGGCCAAUAUUUGA